UUUCAGUCUUCUUUCUGGAUCAUUCUGGAUACAGCCAUCUUUGCACCAAACCAAGUUUUCUCUCUGAUAUAAAGGAAAAAUGGGCAACAGCGACAAAGAAGUACAUCGUAUCGAAUUUAAGAAAAAAAGUAGAAAACCAUUGAGAAGACGUCAGGAUUUCUCGGAUGACGAUGAGAACGAGAAGGAAGAGAUGUCUGUCAGGGAAAAAGUUGAGGAGAUGAAGAUAAUCCAAAAGCUUCGUGAAAAACCACCUGGUGUCGACGUUGUCGGUUUAGCUCUCGGAGAUAAUGUUGCGUCCGAUGUGAUAACAUCUGAUCCUUUCGAUAUGAAAACUGGAGGAAUGGUGAAUAUGGCUGCGUUGAAGAACAUAAAACAUAAAAAUGACGCAUACGAAACAGGUAUUGGGACACAGUUUAAUGCGGAGACUAACAAACGAGACGAGGAUGAAGAAAUGGUCAAAUAUAUAGAAGAAGAACUGUCAAAACGUAAAAGCAAAAAUAACAAUGACACGACAGAUAGUGCAAGUAACGAAAAAGGAUUGUAUUGUUCGCCGGAAGAAGCUGCUUUACGAGCAGUACCCGAACACCUGAGACAAAGUUCAGCCAAUCGUAGUGAGGAGAUGCUUUCAAACCAAAUGCUCUCAGGCAUUCCAGAAGUUGAUCUUGGCAUAGAAGCUAAAAUUCGUAAUAUCGAAGCCACGGAAGAGGCAAAGUUGAAAUUGCUGUGGGAUAGACACAGAAAGAAAGACGGACCUUCACAGUUUGUUCCAACUAACAUGGCUGUGAACUUUGUGCAACACAACAGAUUUAACAUAGAAGACUCAGAUUUUCAAAAGUCGGGACAAGGAUCUGAUGACAAGAAAAACUCGACUGCGAAGGGAGAUUUUCGGGGCAAACGAAAAGAUGGAGAAAAAGCAACCGAUGAUUAUCACUAUGAGAGAUUUAAAAAGCAAUUCAGACGAUUUUAAAUCAAACUUUUCGAAAUCCUUAUUUUUUUCUGAGUUCCGAAAGUUGUGGCAACUGGUUUUUGUCGUCACAAUUGUUUUUAGAUAUACACUUGUAUCUAUAUAUUAAUUUAUUGUAAAUAAAGACGAACUUAAAUGUGAAUACUAAUAUAAGUGCAAUAUGAAUAA